AUGAGUUUGAGCCACAUGGAAAGUAUGCCUUUGAGCCACCCAAGUCCUCAAGGAGCACAGAGAUCAUCCAGGAAGCUAUGGCCCUUCUACUCAGCAAUAGUUCUUAUGCUAUCGCUCUGCUCCAUUAUAUUAAUCUUUAAUUUUCUCCCACUCAAGACUGCUAAAGAGUCCUGUGUUGCUAAGUUCGGACCUUUACCCUCAAAAUGGCAAAUGGCAUCUCCUGAACCUCCUUGCAUGAAGAAUACAUCUGAUGGGAAGCUGAAGAUACUUCAGAAUGCCUUGUAUUCAAUUUUUGGUGAAGUGGUUUUUGAUCCAAACUACAAGGGAGUAGCUCCAUUUGCCGUGCAGCUACGUAAAAAUGCAAUCAUCAUACAAAGUCUAAUAAACAGCUCUAGAAUCCAAACUAUAGGAGGGACUUAUGAAUUUCAUGCUGGAGAUAUAAUAGACUUGAUAUUCAACAGUGAAGACCAGGUUCUAAAAAAUAAUACAUACUGGGGAAUCUUUUUAGUAGCAAAGCCUCAAUUCAUCGCCUAG